AUGUCUGCUCAAAGUACCACCACACCCCCCAGUUCCGAAUCUAAGCCUGCUGGAAACACUGAGCUGCAUCCUUCAGACGCCAGUAGUGCCACCAAGGCUGUAGAUAUUACUGGCCCUUCGCAGUUUUUUCUCGCUGAAACGUCUCAUAAAUUGGGUGGUCAAGUUGGCGAAGCUCCCACUACUACUGCUAAUGAUGCGAUGGACCUCGGUCCCCCUUCCUCUGCUAGUUCAUUUUCUAGUGAUGUGGAUCUUCAAGGUCGCACUGAUCAGUUGAAGCUAAUUGUUGACAAUCAGCUCGCCGAAGUUCAGCUUCUCUCUACGACCUUGCUCCUAGAGCAAAGUGAGGAGGCCAGAGCCCAGGCCCUAGCUCGGUUGAUCCAGCUGAAUACGUCCAUUCAAAGUAUCAUACAGAUUCGAGAUUGUUUGCUUGCAUCCAAGGCUACCGCAAAUGAUAACCUCGCUUCUUCGGCUGCUGCUUCGUUUGGCUCAUCCUCAGUCGAUGGAGUCAAAUACAACAAGAGCGCCUCAGUACCAGUUUUCUUUCCCAACAACUUACCUGCAUUUCAGUGGGUUGGUAUGGAUGAAUUCGACCCCAAAAGCCCUAUAUUUCCUACAGUCGACGCUUGUCUGUUGAAGUUUGAGGAUGUCAUGUUCGCUUACAAGAUGGAUUUCGACAAGGAGUAUGCUCGCUUAGUACCACCUAUGCUGCCUCCAGAACAACGUACUUGGUACGGCUCGUUCACUUCUGCUUGCACUGCUUCUGCUGCAUCGUGGAAUGAUUUCAAGUCAGCUAUCAAGGCUCUUUAUGGCAUUACUAGCGUAUUGGAAGAACGUCAACGUUGUGCGUCUGAUUUGUUGAGCAUUCAACUUUUGCCCGGUGAAAAUGUAAAGGCCUUUCUUGAUCGUUUUACUGACUUGCGUCGUCGAUCCCUGGAUCAAGCCCCAUUCGAUUACUUGUUGGCUAAGUUGUUCCUGGAUGCCAUUCCUUGGGUAGUCAAGGAUAAGAUCAACACCAUCCGCCAAUCCAAGGGCAUCAUUGAUAGUUACGAUGUUGACAUUAUCGUCAGUAUCGCUCGUGAAUCACUAUCAACUAUGACCGCAAAUGAGAUUGCUGCCAUCUCAGCACCCGCUUUUACUCGCACUGCUGCUGGAUCUGCUGCAUCACAAUGGGCUCCAGUUGCGUCCCCCCGCCGCUCACAUACCAUGAAGGCAUCAUCCUCAUCUACUGAUAGUCCUGCCGCUGUGUCUCGUGCUGGUGUCUCUUCUGGCCGAGUGGGCAAGCCUCACUUCAAGGCUACCAAGUCGUGCACUUUCCACCAUGGAAAGCCUCACAAUUAUGACACCUCGGAAUGUAAGCUCUUUAUGGAAGAGUUGAAAAACAAAGGUGGUGUCAACUCUAUGCCAACCAGCAACCAAGCAUCAGGUCGUCGUUGCAUGAUGUCGCUUGCGGAUGCCAAGGCAUCAGAUCGAUGCCGUACUUGUGGUGCCCACAAUUACUCUGCUGGUCCCCAUGAGUGUAACACGGCUGUGCGUACUGGUGAUGCUCCUACUAGUACCUUAUAUCGUUUUGGUAUGCUGCGCCUUCAAGAGGGCGUGGUAUCGUCUGCUACCACCGCUGGUAGCACUGCUAUUGCAACUGCUCCUGCUGUUGAUCCUACUGUGGGCUCGUUGUCUGAGGCUGGUGUGGAAUCUGAGGCUUUAUAG